AAAAUUUGGAGAGAUUACGAGUGGUUUUGGUUGGCUGAUCAUGAAUACUAACCACUGUAGAAUUUCCUCUCAGUAUUAGUCUAACAGAAGGAGCAGGAGGAACCGUUUAUAUUCUCUCCGCUAGUAUACAUAAUACAUAGUAUAUACGUUAGGUUCGGAUCAAUAUCCCGCGAUGCUGUAUUCUACAGAAACCAAGUCUCGGAGUAGAGUUUAGAGGCUGUGUACCUCCCGCAGUCCAGAGCUCCGAACCAAGGUUUGAUGGAGACAUGGAUACAGUUCUGAGUGUUAAACUGUCUGUCAGUCAAACCAUACCCUCCGCUCCGAUCCAUCCAACCUCAUGUCAAUAAUUUCGUGACCAGGUUAACCUCUGUCCAUUCGAAAGCCGCAUUAUAGUUACAUUUAUAAAAAAAAAACCAUGGAGUCUAGAAAAGUUUCAAGUCUUUCUGUGAAAAGUGAUGAAAGUGAUUCCAGCAUUCCACGUGGAACAAACCUGAUCCUGGAGCAAAUAGGACAGAUAUCCGCAUCUGAGGUUACUGCUCCUAAAUCAGUUUCUUCCUCCGGGAAUUAUAUUUGUUUAUUGGCCGGAGAGAACAAUUUAUUUAUUGCCGAACUCAAGCUUAGAGCUGAUAGUGACUGUGUAGUUGUGAGACGAGCAGUUCUCCCGCUACCCGGAGUAAAGGAGGAUAAACACUACCAUGAUGCUGCCAUAUUCCAGGUCUCAACAAAUGAGUUCAGGUUAGCUCUGCUGGGAGAGAGGAAGAACAAAGAACGGUUUAUAUCCGUGGUUGAGGUGGUAACCACAGACCGGGUUCUAUCUCUAGGUGAGGAGCUGUCCUGUUAUGAUAAAGCAAGUAUGCUGGGAAAGGGAGUUAGUCACAUUGUUCCAUUUCCUAUUGGAGCAAACGGAGAGGCAGAUCUCCUGGCAUUUAGUAAUAUCGUGAGAAAAUUAAAGAUCGAGGAGAACGGAGCCGUGAUAAAACCUACCUCCGGACGGGUUCCUAUUCCUGCAGAGUGUGUGGACGGAACUAUUUCAGUUUGUAUCUCCGAGAGCAAGAAAGGAUAUUCUCUCACCUGCUCCUUUAAAACCAAAUCUGCAGGAAAGAAUAAGUAUCAGAUAAACUGGUUCCAAGGCAGGAAGGACGAAAUAUCAGUUCCUGCCGGGAAAGCAUCAAUUAAACUCAGCGAAGAUCAGGAACCGUCCGUAAUCCUCUCCGAUCCUCGAGAUUCCAGAUCCUCUUACAUUAUUACAAAUAAUCAAUCUGACAAUACGUCAAGUUUUAGUAAACUCAUCCGAGGUAGAAAACUAGAGGAGCCCAUCACAACAUUUCCAUUCGUCAUUCAAGAAGCUGUAUUUCUAGCUGGUCCCGACAGGACAUUAUUCCUACUCAUCCUGAACCAACAAACCUUGGAGUUCAUGGUGUUUCAUCUAACCAAGACGGAGGGGUAUCGAGGAUUAUAUGCGUCCUGGUCUGCUGCUCUUGAAUAUCAGGAUUCAACUGGAUUCUUUAAUGCAAUAUCAUGCUCUCAGUCAAAGUGGCAGCUUCAGAGUAAGGUUGCGGAUUUUAUUGUUUCCUCUCGUUGUUCCUAUCAGUUCGGAUUAGCAACCCUCAUCAGUAAAGGAGAAAUAGUCUCUGAACCUGAAUCCGGAGCUCAGUAUCGACUCAGAUUGUUGGGAGGAGAUAAGAUGAACGAUGUUCUCCUGAUUCUUCUGGACGACGUAGAACGAACCUUCGAAUCCGAGGAGGAGAGCUUGGCGGGGAUGACUCUCAAGGUUUGCUUGAACUGCAGUCCAGGAAGGGAGGGAUUAUCUCAGAUCUCAGGAUGGUUAAUGUCAGGACGGAUUAGUAGUGUUGAACUAUACUGCACUAGGUUGGAUACAGAUUCUCCGGUUGGUAGUGAUCGACUUCUUAUUCACACAAUAAGCACGGAUACUCUCAGGUCCUAUGUUGUGGAGCAGGAUUGGACUCAGUCCUCUAGGAAGGUUGGAACCUUUGUGCUGGACAGUAAUGUAGAUUCUACUACAGGAGCUAGUCCUGCCUCUAUCCGAACCAGUAGACCUUCAUCUACAAGAUCUCAAGGAUCUCGGAUUCCCUCUGCUAGUAACUGCAGAAGGUCGAUGAAUCUAGAUUCCUCUAGUUAUACAAACGGGUUGAGUUCAUCCCUGCAGAGGUCUGAGCUCUCAGCUGUAAUAUGCCAGGUUGAGGACUCAGUAGCUCCACUAGCUAGAGCAAAUGCUCAGAUCAGGGAGAGUCUAGAACUACUGGAGAAGAAUCUACUCCAUCUGAAAACUAUCUCAAGUAUCGGGACGGAUCUAUCCGAAGAUUAUGCGGAUGAAUAAACAUUUAAUUAAAACCAAGAUACUAGAAGGUCGGGAAGAGAAAUCAAUUGGUUUGAUUAAAUCUAUUAAAUUAUGGAUACUGCAGACAGAGUUUAGGAACUAUGCAGACUCCUAAGAUGUGAAAAUGUUGCUUCUAUAACUAGCAAAAGCCAAAAAACAACCUGCAGAAUAGAACAAAAUAGUGCUGCAGUGGGGACAAAGCUAUUGGCUUGGAAAUACCUGGAAACAUCCAGUUACGUUGUUUCCUAUAUCAUGUAAUUCAGUGCUACUAAGAUAAAAUUAACAGAAAGGUGACCUGGAAUAAACAUAUAGAGAUGGUGCAAUUACAGAUAAAAUCAAUAUUUCUGUUUCAAUAUUAUUUCAUCAAGGACCAGAUUCUAUGAUUAGCAAGACAUGGUUGAACCGUUUAGACGUGGUUCAACCACUUCUUUUCAGCGAAGUGAUUGAAAAACGUCUGCGCGUUUUAGCUACUUCUCACUAUUCAUUGAAUAAGCCUGCAUGAGUACUUUUUCAGUUUCUUGGUUCAAAAGUCAUCUUUAAACUCCAUAUUAAUUAUAAAGACCACUUGGAAAAUAUUGGUGAAACUCUAUACUAUACUUCAUGAUGCCACAGAAAGUAUUAUAGCAUCUGUAGAUAAGCAUUAUUUUAUCUGUUAAUUUGCACAAUAAUUCGUAUUUUUAAAAUGUGCUUAAAUAAAAAAACAGGUUUUAAAAUUGAAAAAAUCAA